GGUGUUGGGUUGGUUGAGGGAUUAGAAGAUCUCUCGAUUUCUAUUUUGAAGACGGAGAUUGAAGGGUCACAAGGAAGAUAAAAAGGGGAUCGGGUUAUUAUUGUUGGUGUUGGUGUUGUUUAGAUCGAGAAAGAUGAUAACGAGAUCGAACCUCGCGGAGCAGCUGAGGGAAUACCAGAUGCGAUCCAAGCACGAGUGGGCCACCGCCUCCUUCUUCUCCUCCACCUCCCCCCAUGCCUCCUCACGGGUCGAUGCAGUAUUUGUGAUAUGGGAGAUGUUGAUGUUUGCUCUCCUUGUCUUCGCAGGUGUUGCUUUGUACUUCAGGUAUAUGAAGCUUGCUUUUCUUUUGAUGUGCGUUACUGCAGUUGUUCUUGUGUGCAUGAAAGUAACAAAGCAAAUAAGACAAAACAGGAAGAGCAAACGUAAAAUGCUCCUCCCCUUGUCAAUGUAACACCACAGGGUUCGGUCUUGCAUUGACAAACUCAUUCUUGUGCAAAGGAUUUUCGAAUAUUGCAGCCAAAGAGCUUUCAUUGCUUCCUUA